AUGAAGAUUAUGGUGACCUUCUUCAAAAGGUCCCAUGCACACACUGCUGCACUCAGAGCCCACAACCCUUGCAGCAGGUCACCGCCGACCCACGCCUCCGCCAAGACUCCUGGGCACUCACGGGCAAGUCUUGCAAAGCAGGAAGCUGCCCCGGACGUUCUCCUGGAGCAACUGCCAACCUCCCCGCGGGACGUUUGCCUCCUGCCCAAGGAGAAACGUUCCCCCUGGAGGCUGAGGUUGCGGGCGGCCCUGGUGGCCAACAGGUCCCUGACUUACAGGCCCGGCAGGCUUGUUUCUGGCUGCGUCCAGCCCCCGCCCCGGCUCAGCGCGAUGCAGCGGGGCCUGGUGCAGGUGCAGCCGGAGGUGGUGCAGGCCCCGGGGCAGCUGCAGUCACAGGCCGAGCAAGCCGCGCCCUCCGAGAGCACCGGGCCUCUGGCGGCCGAGGCCGAGAAGGCCGGGCCCAGGCGCCCGCACCUCAGGAUCUUCCCGGUUAGCCUCCUGAAGCUCGGCGCUUUCAGCCAACAGGGAGGCGGCCAGGCCGGGGCCACGCAGCACGGCUCCAAGACGGAAGUCGGACACCGGAAAGGGAGUGUGGAGGGGCCCUGCGGCUGGGGCUGUCUGGUUUUCCCCUGGUGUCAGCGUUUUAACAACGUCCGUUGCUUCCUGAUUUUCUUCUGCAUUCUGGUCACGGCUCAAUGUGUUGUGUUUGGUCUUGUAGAUCUGAGCACCGAGAGCUUUAAGCAGGAAAAUUACUUGAACAUCGUUGAGAAUGUAUUCUUGUCAUUGACUUACGAUAUUUCAUCCUGCCUGGUGGUAGUGUUUAUCGCAUACUAUGGAGGGAAAGGAAACAUACCAAGGUGGAUUACAGUCUCCUCCUUUUUAGUAGGGUCUGCAUCACUCUUAUUUGCUUUUCCAUACUUUCGUGUGGAAGAUUCUCAAAGGAAUGUAGAAAUUGAAGAUAUUUGCCAAGCAGUGAAGACUGUCAAGCCUUGCUCGAAAGCUCCAUUAUCAUUCCGAUCAAACUACAUGACUUUCUUCAUCCUUGGGCAGAGUGUGCAGGGAAUAGCAGCCAUACCUCUUUAUGUCCUUGGAGUAACCUUUAUUUAUAACAGCGUCGCCACACACUCAGCUGGUAUUUAUCUAGGCAUUGUGGAAGCUGUAGGAAUACUCGGAUAUUCUUUGGGUUAUACUAUAGGAGCACCCCUAAUUAAGGUCUUUGUGGUAUCUGUGAAUAGUACUUCUGAGAAAAGUGUUGGAGACAGUGGUGAUAAAGAACGUUGGCGGCAGACUUGGUGGAGUUAUUUUGUUAUUAUUGCAGUUAUUGCAUGGUCUACAUUAAUACCAUUUUCAUGCUUUCCACAGAGUUUACGAGUGCCUCUGAUGGGAGAGCUGGAUCUGAAAUGUGCAAGGGUCAUGUGUUCCCCCAGGGUACACCGGCCAGCUAUCACCUUGGUGGGAGGUGGGGCUGGAGACAGCGUGGAUAGAGCCAGUCAGACUCUGAUCAAGAAUCCAAUAUUUGUGUGCCUAUCUCUGUCCAGAGCUUCAGAAUCUUUAGUUAUGAUGGGAGCAUCUGAAUUUUUGCCUGUAUAUAUAGAAAAUCAGUUUAUAUUAACACCCAGUGAGGCAACUACACUUGCAGGACUUGUUUUACUUCCAGGAGGUGCACUUGGCCAGAUUCUGGGAGGUAUCAUUAUUUCCAAGUUACACAUAUCUUCUAAAGGCCUUAUGAAAUUUGUAAUAGUUACAUCUGCUAUAUCCCUUGUACUGCUUGCGUUUGUAGUUUUUGUAUACUGUGAUCCAAUACCAUUUGCUGGGAUCACUGAAGAUUAUGGUGGAGCAGGGCAGUUGGGAAACCUGACAGCUCCGUGCAAUUCUCAUUGUAAAUGCUCAUCUGCAUUUUAUUCUGCUACAUGUGGAAGAAAUGAUAUUGCAUAUUUUUCUCCUUGCUUUGCAGGUUGUACACAGUCUAAAUCAUUCAAGGCUAGCAAGACAUACUACAAUUGUUCUUGCAUUAAAGAGGGAUUAACAACCGCAGAUGAUCAAGGUGAUUUUAUUGAUGCUACAAGUGGGACAUGUGAUUCAAAGUGUUAUAAAUUACCUUUGUUCGUUGCUUUUAUCUUUUCUACAAUUGUAUUUUCUGCUUUUGCUGAUGUACCAGGCAUCCUGACCAUCCUUCGGAUUGUGUCUGACAAACAGCGUCAUCUGGCCAUGGGUAUGACCUUUGUGAUUUUGAGAAUAUGUGGGACUAUACCUGGACCAAUAAUUUUUAAAAUAAUAAGAGAAACUUCUUGCAUCUUUCGGGAUACUGAGCGCUGUGGAAGCACUGGAAAUUGUUGGAUCUAUUACAAGACAAAAAUGGCCUACCUAUUGGUAGGAGUAUCAAAAACGGGAAAGGAAAAGACCCGCGUCAGCAUUGUCGUCAUCAGGCACAUAGGUUCAGGGAGGUCUACCACGACUGGCCAUCUGGUCUACAAGUGCGGCGGGACCGACAAGAGAACAAUGGAAAAGUUGGAGAAGGAGGCUGCCGAGGGAAGGGCUCCCAGGUAUGCCUGGGUCUUGCACAAACUGAAAGCUGCUCGUGAGCGUGGUAUCACCCUCGCUAUCUCCCUGCGGAAAUCUGAGGCCAGCAAGCGCUGUGUUACCAUCGUUGAUGCCCCCGGCAGAGACUUCAUCAAACACGUGAUUCCAGGCGCCUCCCAAGCUGACUGUGCUGUCCUGACUGUCGCUGCUGGUGCCGGGGAAUUUGAAGCUGGCAUCCCCGAGAGCGGGCAGACCCGUGAGCGUGUCCUUCUGGCUUGCACUCUGGGUGUGAAACAACUCAUUGCUGGAGUUAAAGUGGAUUCCACGCAGUCACCCUACAGCCAGAAGAGAUACGAGGAAACUGUUAAGGAAGUCAGCGCCCACAUUGAGGAAAUUGGCUACAACCCCGACAUGGUAGCAUUUGCACUAGUUUCUGGCUGGAACAGUGACAACAUCCUGGAGCCAAGUGCUAACAGGCCAUCAUGGUUCAAGGGGUGGAAAGUCCCCCGUAAGGAUGGCAGUACCCAUGGAACCAUGGCUGAAGCUCCGGAUUACAUCCUGCCACCAACUCGCCCAACAGACAGACACUUGUGCUUGCCCCUCCAGGGUGUCUAUAAAGUUGGUGGUAUCGGUACUGUCCCUGUGGGUCGCGUGGAGACUGGUGCUCUCAAACUUGGCAUGGUGGUCACCUUCGCUCCAGUCAAUGUAACAACUGGAGUGAAGUCUGCAGAAAUGCACCGUGAAGCCCUGAGUGAAGCCCUUCGGGACAACGCGGGCUUCCAUGGCAAGAACGUGUCUGUCAAAGGUGUUUGUCAUGGCAACGUGGCGGGUGACAGCAAAAACGACCCACCAAUGGAAGGCGCUGGCUUCAGGGCUCAGCUGAUUGUUUUGAACCAUCCAGGCCAGAUCAGCGCUGGAUAUGCACCUGUGCUGGAUUGUCACACAGCUCACAUUGCUUGCAAGUUUGCUGAGCUGAAGGAGAAGAUUGAUCGUCAUUCUGGGGAAAAGCUGGAAGAUGGCCCUACAUCCUUGAAAUCUGGCGAUGCUGCCAUUGUUGACAUGGCUCCUGGUGAGCCCACGUGUGUCGAGAGUGUCUCUGACUGUCCUCCCUUGGGCCGUUUUGCAGUGCGUGACAUGAGACGGACGGUCGCUGUGGGUGUCAUCAAAACUGUGGGCAAGAAGGCAGGGGUCACCAAGUCUGCCCAGAAAGCUCAGAAGGAAGGCUGA